UUUUUUUUUUUUUUAUCAUUGCUAUGACAUCCAAAAUACAGAAUCUAUAUAUCGCUCGACUCACCAAACAAGAAAGACCGUGUUUUGUAUGCAACAAGUUUACUUUAGUAGUACUGACCUCUGCUGAUAACAGCAACAGUGAUUGGUUUUAUACCUGCCGAUCUCAUCUAGGUGAUUUCAACUUUUGUUCUAAAGUAGGAGGAUCACCCAAACCAAAAGCAACAUUACCACCACAGACAAGUAAUUCAUCAUUGAAGGAUCGACCAGUUGAAAGUGAUAGCGUAGUAGAUCUAGUAUCUAGUAUUGGAUCAGCAUUGACUUCUUGGCGAAAGAAACCCGACGAUGAAAAGAAUAAAGACAAGGACAAGAAUAAGAAAGAUGAUAAAGACGACGACAAUGGCAACGACAAUUCUAAUGACAAUAAAGAAGAUGUUUCUUCCUCGGCGUCUGCUACACCACCACCAGCAAGUACAUCUCCACAACCACAAGCACCACCGAAAUUCAUUCUACAACGGGACUAUUUCUACUUACGACAACGUGAACAUACCAAGAAGCAACAAAAGAAGGAAGCCGAAGAAAGACUUAAAACAUUACAAUUCCCUUCAGUUCCCAAGACUAUACCUUCCCCAAAACACUAGAAUAGUCUUAGCUUAUUUUUGUAUAUUUUUUAUAUCGAUAAUUUAUAGCUUACAGAUAUAUCAUCUAUCUUAAUAAAUAAUCAAAUAUUAUUAUUAUCUU